AUGCACACCCGUAAGCCUACCGGCCUCAACAAGUCCGUCGGCCCCACGGUCGCCUCAACUUACGAGCCUACCCACAAGCUUGCUCGACUCCAAGAGCUCCUCCUAUUAUGUGUAUUGCUUCUUGUGAGCUCUUUGGUGGUAAUCAUCUUGCUCGCCUUCCCUAUUGCUUGUGAUCUUGAGAUGGUUAGCAAUGAUUAUACAUCAAUAAAUGUCUAUGUACGUGUUGUCUGCAUGCUUUACCAUUACCUUAUUCAAGUACCUGCAGGAAGAAGGAAGGCAGCAAUCAGAUGGACAAAGCUCUCCGAGUUCUUGAUUAGAAGCUUCGGGGAACUCCUUGAAGGUCUUAUCCCAUAUUCUCAGAGGCAUUUCAGCAGGAUAGACAGACUCGUGAGAAGCACAUUUUUGCUCGACUACACCCUAAAUGGAAUGCCAAGCAAGAAUUUACUUCAGAAAUUGAAAGAGAAGGCUCCUUCAAAGAAACGGAAAUCAAACAAAUCUAAAGACAGUUCACGUAAGAAAGUCAAGAGUACUUCUUACACAAGUCUAGCACCAAUUUCAGUUUUCUAUUCUGGGGAAGUGAAUGAGUUGAAACUUGGUUUUAUGGCAUAUCUUGCUCUAACGAUUGAUUGUUCAAUUGUCCAAGUCCAUGCGAGUGUGGGAAGUGCAGCACUCAAAAUGGUCAAAGAGGUUCGUCGACAAUUCAAUACUAUUCCAGGGCUCAUGGAAGGUACAGCCAAACCAAACUGCGCAAAUUGUGUCAAAAUUUCAACUGAUGCCUCCCUCAGGGAGAUGAUCCCACCUGGUCCUUUGGUUAUGCUUACACCACUCAUCACUAGAACCUUAUUUGGAGUUGAAACUCUUGCUGUUGUUCUUGCUGGUGCUUUGAUUUAUAAUUCAUGCAUAUGCUCACUUCAAUAUUUUGACUCCCAUUAUUUACAAAUUAGUGGUUGCUCAACUUGUCUCUGCUGA